GCAGCCAGUGUGACGCGAGCGUUGGUACGAGCAGUUUUAACGGUUUGUGCUAAGCGCCAAAUCGAGACAGAACUGCUUUCAACGAGUGAAAGUGCCAGGAUAUUGUGAAAUGCACGUGUUUAUUGUGGAAGUGUUCAUGAGUCUAGCAUAAUUAUUAGUGUAUGCGUAGGCAAAAAGGACGCUGGGAUUUACUUUGUGUACGACCUUAAGAUUCAAAUGGAUUACACGAGUGCAUCAGAUGUGUUGUUGUGUAACAGUGUGAAAUAUCGUGCAUGAAGUGAAGUGAUGACACAGUGCAGUGAGAUAACGUCAUCAAUGAAGCGACGUAAACAGCGAACAUUUUCCAAUAGAAGACCGGCAGUUCAGUGAAAUUGUACAAUAUGUAUGCUGUAUCAGUUUGGAUAUUGUUUACAGCAUGUAUAACAAUCGUGUCCACACAACUACAAUUGGGGUUCAAUCUGCCACCAAUAAUCCACGUAGAACGCAACUGGGUUGUGGCUUCCACGGAUCCUAUCGGUUUGGUAGUGACCAGGGUAAACAGAGAGAGGACCGGCAACCACAACACUACAUUCGGGCUGGAGACCUUCGGCCCACCGGCACCAUUCUCUAUUAACCCUAAAACUGGAGUUGUGACUGUCAACGAUACGCUUAUCGAUAAGGAAAAUCGAUCAUACUCUCUAUGGGUGACAGCUGCAGAUGAUGGCUCUAUACCACAGAGAACAGAAGUGUUGGCGACAGUAACAGACAGUUCGGGACGUAGACCGAAUUCGCCUCAUCCGCCACCGUUCCCCCCUCUACCACCUAAAUACCCUACGAUACCACUUCCACCAAAGUUUACCAGAAUACCACAAAGCACCACCAAAGCAACUGAAAAGUUUAUCAACGAUGUCACAGUACCUGAAACAACAUUAGUCACAACUCUUAGUCCACUUAGAACAACAUUUAAUACUCCAACAGAGAGUAAUAAUAUAGAUCAUGAUUUAAAGAAUAAUAACAUCUCGGAUUCCUCUGCUGAAGAGUCAUCACCUAAUAAUGAUAUUACAUUGACAGUAAUACCUUUUAUAGCAAUAGUUUGCUUGGUAAUAAUUGUGGCUGUGGUCAUAUUUUUUGUCAGAAAGAGAAACGGUUCGAGCAAAUCAUCCGCAAAAAAGGACGACAUGAGCAAGAACGCAAGUGGUAUUGUCCUCCAAGAUUCGUCUGUAAACUUGUGGAAUCGUCCUCGAACUUACUCCAACCGUUACGAGUCCUGGGACAACAAUCAUUUGCAGCUUUCUGAAGAGACGACAAUCACGAAAGAAGAACCACCAGACGAAUGGGAGUUCCCACGCCAUCGACUGAGGAUUUUCAAUAUUGUUGGAGAGGGUGCUUUUGGCCAGGUCUGGCGGGCCCAAGCCAUAGACAUUGACGGCAAGAAAGGGGAACAAACAGUGGCAGUAAAAACGCUCAAAGAGAAUGCAUCAGAAAAAGAAAAGACUGACUUAUUGCAGGAACUACUUGUAAUGAAGAACUUGGGGCCUCAUCCUAAUGUUGUACGGCUUAUCGGAUGCUGUACCGAGAAGGAACCAACGUUUGUGAUAAUGGAAUUUGUCAGUCUGGGCAAAUUGCAGCAGUUUCUCCGAGACUCAAGAGCUGAAAGACACUACGGGAACACCCAUGGUGGAAGUCAGUUUCUGACCUCCAGAGACUUGACUCACUUCGCAUUCCAAGUGGCAAGAGGCAUGGACUUCCUUAGUUCUAAAGGGAUAAUUCAUAGAGAUUUAGCAGCGAGGAAUGUGCUUAUCACAGAAGAGAGGACGUGUAAAGUAGCGGACUUCGGCUUCGCUAGAGACAUAGCCGGGGCACAUGUGUAUGAAAGGAAGAGCGACGGUCGGUUACCUAUCAGAUGGAUGGCGCCGGAAUCACUCUACGAUGACAUAUUUAGCGUUAAGUCAGACAUUUGGAGCUUCGGUGUGCUGCUUUGGGAGAUAGUGACUCUUGGAUCCACCCCUUAUCCAGGCUUGUCAGCUGGCGAUGUGAUGCGGAAGGUCCGUGAUGGCUAUCGACUGGAAAAGCCAGAACACUGUCGGCGAGAACUGUACAAUAUCAUGUAUUACUGCUGGGAAGCGGAGCCUCCAGCUCGCCCCGACUUCAAGGAGGUAGUCGCUAUGCUCGAACGACUGCUGUGUACUGAAAUGGACUAUAUAGAACUGGAAAGAUUCCCAGACCAUUCGUAUUACAAUGUUCAAGAAUUGGACGGCGAGAAAUUAUAACGUAAACAGUAUCUUUACGCAGUGAUUGUUGAUUUGGAGGCGGGUGUCCAGUGAAAUGGUAGCUAAACUGGUAAGAACACUAGCUCUGAUAUAACCUCAAAGGUGCGGGUUCAAAUCCCAACUGAUUCGAUUAGAAUUCUUUUUAAUCACACCAUAUUUAUUUAAAUAUGAUUUUCAUAUUUUAAUAAUAUUUGAUUAUAAUUUUUCUUACAAAGUGAUGUAAAUAUUAAAUUGAGAUUUGUUAAUAUACAAUUUCUAUGUCUCAGAUAGAUCAGUCACAGAAUAUUUUAAGAAUUGACAGUAAUUUUACUCUUUUCUGUGUUAAUUUUAGUUUCACACGAUAUAAGAAAUAAUUUCAAUACAUACGUAAUAAUGUCAUGAAUGAAUAUAACGAUAUCAUAUGAAAAAAAGAUUUUUUUUUACAACAAAAGUCUAGUUUUGUUUAUUUAUAAUAUGGAGUAAAUUAUAAAGAUAUUAGAUUUAUUAAACAAACAACAGUAUUUACAUUUGAUAUUAAAAUCAAUCCCUGUUCCAAUGGUAGAAUGUCUAAUUAAACCUCUGUUUCUUUAUACAACUGUGGGGAAUUGCAAACAGAAAUGAAAUAACAUUUUAUUUGUAAUUUAUAUUUCCCCCAGUUAUUCUAUUUUUAACAAUCAACCUACAGUAUUUUAUUACAGUUUAGAAUAACAAACUGCGUUAAAAACUUAUAACUAAUUUUAAUUUUAUAUAAUAAUAACAUUAUGAAACGAUAAUAAAUUUAUAACAAAAGCAAAAUGCUAGCAAAAACAAAGAUUUCGUAUGAAUUUAUUUAUUCAUUAUUUUUUUUAUAUUCAGUGCAUAAUAAUACUGCAUGUUUUAUCUUUUACACGAAAAAUUAACGUUGACUUCUUUAACAGUUUAAAAGAAAAAAAAAAUAGUCUGAGUACAUAGUAAGUAUUUUAUAUUAAUCACAUAGUUAAUUUUUAUAUAUUACAUUUUAUAUUUACGGAAUUAUUUACUAUUACUGGAAGAACUUAUUUUUAUGUAUUGUUCCAUUUAUAUAAAAACAUAUUUGAAUACAAUUACAAUAAACGAGUAAAGCUAGUAUGUACGUAUAUAACAAAUUUAAUUUUAUCAAUAAAUAACAAAACAAAAAAGAAAUCGCUAAAUUAACAAUUUUAUUUUGUAUAUACAUUUUGUAUAAAUAAUAAUAUGAGAUUAUUAUAUCUAAUUUGAAUAAUUAUUAUGUAUAAUACAAAAUAUGAUGAAUUUUUUAUAAAAAUAUGCACUAUUUUUUGCAGCAUUGCUAGAACAGAAAAAAAAACAUUUCAAUAAGUGCUAAAGCUCAUGUAUUGUA